GUAUUUCGCUUACUUUGGUUAAUUCUUGGGGUGUGUUGAGUUGUAUAUACUCUCUGUUCAUGCAUGCAUGUGCCAUUCCGUUCUUAUUUUUGUGCAAUACAAGGUGUUACUUCUGGGAUGGUUGAUGAUCACAAACUAAUGAAAAGUGAGCCUGCUGCAGAAGCUAGCCCUGCAGCAAUAGCUACUGAUACGACGGCCGACGAGGUUGAUGUCGAAAGUGAGCCUGCGGAGAAUUUUGAUAGCCCUGUGCCAUCACCUACCGAUGCCAUUUCUACUGUACAAGUUGAUGGUGGUCAACAUGAUGAUGAACAAGGAAAAUAUUUUGCUAACACCAAGGAUGCAAAAUAUUUUGCUAAGAAACAUGGUCUGAGCGCUCAGGUGACAGAUCGGCUGAACAAGGGAAGUUCUAAAGAGGAGAUGGAAGGAAUGGCGGGUUUAGAGGGUCAGCAGAUGGAAGACGCCACCAAGGUAAUUUACAGAUUCCAGUUGUCUUACAUUCUUCCAAUGCUUCUCCUAGGGAUGUAGCUAGUAGAACUGGGGCGGAGUUAGGGAGUGAUAUUCUUGAGAUAUACAAGUCUAGUAUGGUUUUUCAACUGUACUGUACUGGUUGUCUUACAUUCUUCCAAUGCUUCUCUAACAUGGUUGUCUUAUGUACUGGUUUUCAGAACCAAGGCCUACGAAACAAACAGCGUCUGCGCACGAGGUUGUCAUCGCUGGUGGCAAUUGGUGUCUUUCGCCAAAGAAGUCGACGGGGGAUGUUAGUGCCUUGACUAGGUUAAUCUUGCUCAGGACAGGGCUGGAGUAUGCUUUGACUAUCAGGUUGGCGU